UUGUCUCCAGUGUCUCGUUUGCAGUCGACUACGUUGGAGGAGGUGACUUGGUCCUUAAGCGUGAGGCAGGAACAGGAUCUAUUGUCUGUGUUUGACUCCGUAGUUUGGUUUGAGGCCUUCCGGAGCAUUCCCGGGGAAGUCGGCAGAAACUGUCGCGACCGUCCCCGCCCCUCCCUUCUGACCCCGGGACCGGGAGGGACCGAGCCCGCGUCACGCCCCUCUGCGCUCGCCGUUCCCUUCUCUGUCGUUGCGUCCGCGUCGCGCCCCGGGAAUCAAACGGUGCCCCAUAGAUGGCCAGCUUUCCCCCGAGGGUCAACGAGAAAGAGAUCGUGAGAUCACGUACUAUAGGUGAACUUUUAGCUCCAGCAUCUCCUUUUGACAAGAAAUGUGGUCAUGAAAAUUGGACUGUCGCUUUUGCUCCAGAUGGUUCAUACUUUGCUUGGUCUCAAGGACAUCGUACAGUAAAGCUUGUUCCGUGGUCCCAGUGCCUAAAGAACUUUCUUCUGCAUGGCACCAAGAAUAUCACCAAUUCAAGCAGUUUGAGAUUGUCAAGACAAAAUAGUGAUGGUGGUCAAAAAAAUAAGCCUCGUGAACAUAUCAUAGACUGUGGUGAUAUAGUCUGGAGUCUUGCUUUUGGAUCUUCAGUUCCAGAAAAACAGAGUCGCUGUGUAAAUAUAGAAUGGCAUCGAUUCAGAUUUGGACAAGAUCAGCUACUCCUUGCCACAGGGUUAAACAAUGGGCGUAUCAAAAUAUGGGAUGUAUAUACAGGAAAACUCCUCCUUAACUUGGUAGAUCAUACUGAAGUGGUUAGAGAUUUAACUUUUGCUCCAGAUGGGAGCUUGAUCCUAGUGUCAGCCUCAAGAGACAAAACUCUGAGAGUGUGGGACCUGAAAGAUGAUGGAAACAUGAUGAAAAUAUUGAGGGGCCACCAGAACUGGGUGUAUAGCUGCGCAUUCUCUCCUGACUCUUCUAUGCUGUGUUCAGUGGGAGCCAGUAAAGCAGUCUUCCUGUGGAAUAUGGAUAAAUACACCAUGAUACGGAAACUUGAAGGACACCACCAUGAUGUGGUAGCUUGUGACUUUUCUCCUGACGGAGCAUUGCUGGCUACUGCAUCUUAUGAUACUCGAGUAUAUAUCUGGGAUCCACACACUGGAGACAUUCUGAUGGAAUUUGGGCACCUGUUUCCUCCACCCACUCCAAUAUUUGCUGGAGGAGCAAAUGACAGAUGGGUGCGAUCUGUAUCUUUUAGUCAUGAUGGACUGCAUAUUGCAAGCCUUGCUGAUGAUAAAAUGGUGAGGUUCUGGAGAAUUGAUGAAGAUUAUCCAGUGCAAGUUGCACCUUUGAGCAGUGGUCUUUGCUGUGCCUUUUCUACUGAUGGCAGUGUUUUAGCUGCAGGGACACAUGAUGGAAGCGUGUAUUUUUGGGCAACUCCAAGGCAAGUCCCCAGCCUUCAACAUUUGUGUCGCAUGUCAAUCCGGAGAGUGAUGUCCACUCAAGAAGUCCAGGGGCUGCCAAUUCCUUCCAAAGUUUUGGAGUUUCUCUCCUAUCAUAUUUAGAAGACUAGUCUUCUUCCCCAGUAGUAGGGACUGACAGGACAUACUUUUCACAAACCUCAAGCUUUACUGACUUCAAAUAACUGUUUUUCAAGGUUUAUAAGAUGUAUUUAAUUGGAUACUUUCUUGUACUGCAUUUUGAUCAGUUCAGCUUUUAAAAUAUUAUUUAUAGACUAUAGGAGAUAUUCCUGAACAUAUCAAUUGUAAAUUUUUUUCUAAAAUUUAACUGUGAAAACAUAUACAUACAUGUAUAUAUUUAGAUAUAAGCUGCUAUGUGUUGAAUGGACCCUUCUUUUGUUUUUCUAACUUUUAGUUCCAACAUGUAUAUUAUUGCUUCAGUAGAGCCACAUAUGUAUCUUUGCUGUAAAAUGCAAGAAAGUAUCCAAAUGGAAGAAAUUUUUUAAUUUCUUGGACACUGAGUUAGAUGGUAAAUACUGACCUAAGAAUGCUGAAUUGCCCCAUAUAAAAUGCGUAUUUGGUUGGAGGGGGUUCAUUAGACAACUGACCUGCAAGAAAACACAGUUUUGGUGUAGGGAAAAGAUUGUUUUCUAUAGGAAUGGUAUCUGAGGGGUAGAGUUUGAGUGUAACAUUAUUAAAUAGAAAAGAGAGCCAGGAUAUACCUAGAAAAGGAGUUUCUCCCCCCACCCCAUAACUACUGCUAUGGACCUUAAUUUUGGAAAGAGCUUGCUACUUUAAUCCCAGUGGUAUAAGGUAUUAUAAAUUUAGUCAAUUGGAAAAAUCCAUCUACUGUAUUAUUACUGAAUAUUUUGUUUGUGCUAAGGGACAGUUAUUUUAAGGCCAUAUUUUUUGCUUGUUACUUUUGUUUUUUUAUACAUAACAGAUGUUUCUGCAGUGGAUAAUAUUGGUGACUUGCCAAAGAGAAGCAAUACAGUAUAUCUGUUUUUGCCUUCUGUUAAUCUUACCUGCAGAUACUAAGAAUGUGCGUUAUGUAAAUUGCUUAAUUAUAUAUUUUUGUUGAGAUUUUUAAUUAAAGAGUUGUAAAAAAACAAACCCACUCUUGCAGAUGUUUCUUAAAUAUGUUGGAAGGUUUAAUGCUUUCUAUAAGAUUGAUGGAGCACUGCAAGCAAAUUAAGUAAGGGUAAUAAAUAGCACAAGUAUAUAUAGCACACUACUUCAGAGUUAAUGCUUUAUGAGUUCAACUUUACAGUGGUUCUGGGAGAAUUGUUAAUGCUUACCUUAAAAGUAUAGAAAAGCUCUAGAAAAAAAGGAAAAUAAUGAGAAGAAAAAGAUUUAGGGGCUCUUACCUGCUUACAAUAAACCUAUCGGAGUACAGUAGCCAAAAGAAAAAUCUAGUGGUGUGGGCCCUUUGGAGAGGCAAAAUAAGCAAAACUUUAUUAGUCGUGUGUGCUCUUGAAGACUUAACUUGUUUCCACUAAGGAGUUAUUUGGCAGUUCUCAUAGUUGACUCUGUUCAAGAGUUUAGGUUAUAAAUUUGAAAGCCAGUGGAAAAUCUGCCUAAGUUGCUUCUAGGGAGUCACUUGUAUUUUACAAAAAGAAGUAUAGAAGCAUCUUAUCUUCAAACCUAAUGUGAUUUUUUUUUUGCAUUUUACUUUAUAAUAUAUCUGCUUUAUAAUUUUUAAAUGAUAAUAAAAUACCAUUACUCUA